AACACUAAAUAGACAAAAUAAAACAAAUCACACAACUUCACUCCUCGUAUUCCCGCCAAAAAGUCUUCCAAGUGUAAGCUUGUGCCCAUAGAUUAAAAUAUUAGUGUUUAUGCCUACCUAAUGAGGUUGGCAGCUGUCAAAGUAGCGCUAGUGUGCAUGGUUCCCAUAACAUUCAAUAUUCGUAUGGGCGUUAUUCAUUAAAAAUUAUUUUAUAGACAAUGACACGUUGUUUUGUGCCAAAAUGCUCAGAAACUGGAGUACAUCACUUUCCGAAGGACAAGAAAAUUGGAAGAAAAUGGUUAAAGGCUAUUCGACGCGAAAAAAGUAUUCCCACAAACAGUUCGAGGUUAUGUCGUAAACACUUUAUGGAAUCGGACUAUGAAAACAUUAGUAAAUAUACGGGUGUCAAACAUCAACAUAAAUAUCUGAAGAAAGGUGUUGUACCAUCUAUAUUUUCAUGGAAUAUGAAACCAGCUUCUGAAAAGGCAAAAAGUAGAGAACAAAGAUUACAAAUUCGUAACCUAAAAAAACAGCUUUUUAGCCUGCCAAGCACUUCCCAGCACUGUGAAGAUAAAGUAUGCUUUUUUGAAAACAAUAUUAUAAAAGGUAUCUAA